UUUUUUUUUUUGCUGAAAUCAUCUAUUAUAAAAUGACAGUAACAGAAGGAGGGAUUGGAAUAGUAGAACAACUUUCAGCAACAUCAUUAAGUAGUAGUAUACAUGACAUAAAUCAUGCAAUAGAUGGUACUCUAUUACCUGAAAAUAUCGCAAACAUGGUUACAACUGUUUCUCUUGCUACUCGAAUUUCACUUAGAUGUUCUUCUUUAUUUUUUGAUGCUAUGUUUGAAGCAGCAAAGUAUGGUACUUCUUUAUCACUUGGGUUAUCAAGAACAGCUUUAAUUAAUGCGAUUUCUACAGCAAAGCAUUUACAUUCCAGCUUGAAUAAUAAUAAUAACAAUCAUGAUGCUUGUAUCAUUGCCACAAAUUCACUUGAUGAUCAAGAACAAAGGUUUAAUAGUAAUGACGAAAGUUUAUUUGUGAAAGCACUUCAGAAAUAUACAGACUUUGGGCUCUAUAUUGUCAAUUACACCUUCUCUUUAACUGAGUUAUUUGCAUUGUCGGGUUUACAGUUUACUUCAAAAACUAUUCAAUCAAGCCUUAAAGCAGCCGAAGAAUCAGUAAGACUCAUUGAUGGUAUUUUCGGUUCAAAUGAUACUUCUCGUGCGAUCGCAUCUAUUAUAACCUUAGUUCAUCGUGAGCUUAUUCAAGACCCAGAAUUUGGGUUGGCAAAAGCAGGCAACCUUGCCAUUUUAGCUGGUUUAACCAAAGCCUUAACUGCUUUUGCGGUACUACAAAAUGUAACACAUAAACGUAUGAUGAAACAAAUUCCCAUGACAGUCUUAUGGGAAGGGAUAGUGACUGAUGAAAAAGAAGAAGGUGAAGAAGCUAAGGCACAUGGUCUUAUUCAAUUCAAAAGAAACAGUAAUGAUAGUAACAACCUCCAAGGCACUGAAAUGAAAAAUUAUAAUACAGCAUUAGAUUCUCAGCAACAAGAUUUAAUUAUACAGGAACUCAAUAACUUAUUAAACAAUAGAAAACAUGUUGAUCAAAAGAAUGAUGAUUAUGUGACACCAUUAAAUAAUACAUAUAAAAUCACUACUAAAACUGCUUGUUUAACGACUAAAACAACAACCAUCUUACCUCUCCUUGAUUCAAUUUACAAUAAUAAUAAUAACAAGGAUAAUACAAAAAAAAUUGUGCUUCGAAUGAGUGAAGAAGAGAAUGAAUCUUAUUUAGCACUGCUUGAUAACAAUCAUAAAAAUGAGCCUAAAUUUAUUCUAUCUAAUUUGUCUGAUAAAAGGCGAAAACGUAAAGUAGAAAGGCAAGAAGAUGCUGAUUUCUUUUGUCAGGUAAAGAAUAACAAUACUCAACAGCAAAAGUAUAAUCAUAGACGUAGAUUUUCUUCACCUGAUUAUAACAAUAAUUUAAGUAAUAAGACCAAAUUUUGCAUAUCUACAUUACUAUUAGAUAAUCAAGAUCAACAGGCAGGUUCAUACCUAUUACAAAGGACAAAAAAAUAUAACUAUUCAACACCAGAUCUUUCAAAAUUAGUUUCACCUGUAACUAUCAGACAACGGCUUGCCUCUUCUCUUUCCUCAUGUCUAAUUACAAAUAAAGACAAUAGUAUGAAAAGAUAUAAACAAAAACGGGCAAGCUCAAUUUCAAGUUUUUGUAGCCAUAAUGUCGGAUCAAAGGCUACUUCUACCACUACCACUACUUCUACCACUACCACUACCUCUACUACUACUUCAACCACUGCAAGUUUAGCAAUGACCCGCAAUAACAACAAUAUACCAGUCACUCAUGAUAACGAUAAAGACAAUACUAUCAACCAUUCUAGAAGUCAUUCUCUACAAAGCCAAGUUAUAAAUAAUAUUGCGCAUUUUAUGAAAUAUGCAAGUGCAGCCUAUGGUGAAUCUUUUAUGCGGAUCUUAGGAAUUGGCGAUAUUCCAACUGUCUUACCUCAUUCUCGUCACCAUCAUCCAAAUCAUCAUGCAUUUGCUCACCAUACAGGGAAUUCAGUUGAAGAUAUUCUACUAUCUAGUUAUACAGAUAGGUCUCCACUUCACUUACAUAAUCCAUCUAUUCAUGCUCUUGUUCAUUAUGUAACCGUAGACCACACAGCUAAAGCAAUUGUACUCACGUGUCGUGGUACAUUGGGCCUAAGUGAUAUCCUUACUGAUUUAAGUUUUCAUUAUACGGAAUUUACUUUACCUACGGAUCCCUCAAGGGUCUUUAAGGCUCAUAGUGGUAUGCUGGAUGCUGCACAAUUAUUAGCUAAAGAAAAGGGGAAAGUAUAUCAAAAGGUGCGUCAGGGAUUAUUUAGCUAUCCAGAUUAUAGUUUAGUCUUAUGCGGUCAUUCUUUAGGUGGUGGUGUAGCUAGUCUAUUGUGUGUCUUAUGGAGCCAACAAAUUACACCAAGGGAUGAUGAAGAAAGAUGGUCACUUAUUAAUAAUAACCAGCUACUACCACAACAUUCUCUUUCUUUCGUAACAUCUAAACAAUCUGGUUUACCUCCAGGUCGACCUAUCCACUGUUAUGCGUAUGGUCCACCCGGUGUAAUGUCGCUCGAACUAAGUAAUUAUUGUGCAGGACUCGUUACAAGUGUUGUACAUGGAUAUGAUAUCGUUAGUAGUUUAAGCUUAGGGCUCUUAAAAGACUUUAAAAACAUCGCGACUAGUUUACAUGCAGAAGGUGAUGUAGCUGAAGAAAUCAUUUCUCGUGUCAUUGGACGAUUCCAAAAAAAAACACCAGAAAAAAAUAAAAAUAAAGAUGAGUUUAACGAAGAUGACCAAUGGUUUUGGGCCGUGAUUAAAACAAUGCGUGCAGACAUGACAUCAGAAAAAAUGUAUCCACCAAAUACAGUUUAUUGGAUAGAAACUGUUCCUCAUGUUAAAGAACAACACAAAAUUAUUCUUUGUCGAUGUGAAGAUGUAGAAGCCAGAUUUUCAGAAAUUGUCUUUACUCGAACUAUGUUCAUGGACCAUUCUCCUUUAAUGUAUGAAAGAGCAAUUAGAAAGUUAUGCAAAGGCUUUACUAAAGACUAUUUAUCUACUUCUUCUACUUCUUCCUCUUAUUUUUUGUAAAUGAAUAUUAAAUAAAGAAAUUAUAUUUUUUUUUUCUUUUCGAUGUGUAUAUAUAAAAACGAUAGCUUUUUUUUUUUAAAUGCGUUUUAUUCGAAAUGUUAAGAAGGAUUUGUAUUUUAUUUUUUGUUCAUAAUAAUAAUACCGCAAGUCUGAAGUUCGCUUCUAUUACGCUAGUAUUUUCUCCUCCCCUCCCUUCCUUUUAUUCAUUUUAUAUAAAUAAAAUAAGCGAAAUUUCAUUGGAUGAAUAUAAUUAGAACUCAGAAAAAAGGCGAAUAUAAAAGAAGCUAAAUACCAAGUUUUGAAUUAAUACUAUUCUUUUUCCGGCU